CUAUUUCCAGCAGCCCGAAGCAGCUACAGUCUGUUUGUAAACUCUGCGUCUCUACACCUCUGCUCUCCCGUUCGCUAUGCUCAGCUGGGGAGGGUGUGGAGAUUCAGCUUCGAACAAUGCAAACUAAAAUGCAAAAGAAACGGCAGCGGCAACGUUAGAUGAUUCUCUUUAAGCCCAUUCAUCAGAAGGUCGAGCUUUGUGGAUCUGCGGCCGUAUUACGUGGAUCAGCAGGCUCGGAGAGGCGAGGAUAAGGAGGGGAAGGAAGGAAGAAGGGGACAGGCAGCUAACUCCUUGCCGAUAAAAGUCUCCCAGGGAUGUACUGCGUGUUUCUCUCUAUCUGUCUGUUGUAUCGUCUCUCUCUUUGAUCGCUUUCUCUUCUUCAUUGCUUUUCGUCACGGGGAAGUGUUUUUUUGGAGUCCGCUAAUUCCACAUGCAUAACUUCAGACUGGAUACAGGCACGCUCAGACCGGGGGACUUGGAUACGAGCCACGCUUGGAGUUGUCGGUGUGAAUUAGCUGUUUGUUUCUGUAACAGACGAUUAGACAAGAAGGUGAUGGUGGUUUAUGAAUAGAGCCGUUUGUACGGUGGACGCGCUGAUAGUCUGAGCGAAGAAUUUAAGGAUUCGUCUACGGUACUUCUUUCCACGGAGACCGGUUCUGUUUUGCUCGUGUUUGUUUGUUUUGAACAUGGAACUAACAGGCAAAUGUCUCGUUUGUUUUCUCAAUGCUUGUUCCUCUUGAUAAAAAAAAGAGGACACGUCUUUUCCGCAGCUCUUUCCCAGGAUAGAAAAAAACAUCCCUAAAUGCGUUUGCAUUUUUUGAGCAGCUCUGAUGACGGAGAGUAGGUUCUCUAUCUUUUAUCAUUUUUGACUUUUUUGGCGUUAAUUGUGGGGUGAUAUUUUGAGACUGGCAUGCUUUUGAAGCCAACCGUACCGGGACUGUGCGCGAUGUUGCAGACGAUCUAUGAGACAGAAUCCUGCUUCUCUUCAGACGCCACGUCCAGCCGAGAGCAACCCGUGGAGCUGCUACCUCAGUCCAGAAGCACCAGCAUGCCUAGUACCGCCGUGGAUGUGAAGACCUUGCUGCCCUCUGGGAUGCAGAGCCCGGUAGGAGGUGGUGGAGAUCAGAGCGGAGGUAGCGGAGGACCGGUGGACCUGCGUACGGACCCUCGUCUGAACGCUCUGAGCGCCGUGGACCCGACGCUGAGGGAAAAACAGCUUCAACACGAGCUCCUCUUGCUCAAACAGCAGCAGGAGCUCCAGAAACAGCUGCUGUUCGCCGAGUUCCAGAAACAGCAUGAGGUUUUGACGCGCCAACAUGAAGUGCAGCUACAGGAACAUCUGAAGCAGCAGCAGGAGAUCCUCGCAGCCAAGCGUCAACAGGAGCUGGAGCAGAAGAGGAAGCUGGAGCAGCAGCGUCACGAAGAGUUGGAGAAACAGAGAUUGGAACAGCAGCUCAUCAUGCUACGAAACAAAGAAAAGGGCAAGGAGAGUGCCAUAGCCAGCACUGAGGUCAAACUGAAGCUGCAAGAGUUCCUGCUGAGCAAAAAGGAACCCGGUCCUGGUGGACUCAACCAUUCCUUCUCUCAGAAGUGCUGGGGGGCUCACCAUACGUCCCUGGAGCAGAGAUCCCCUCCGCAGAGCAACACACCAGGAACACCCCCCUCCUACAAACUCCCUUCACUGCUGGGAGCCUACGAGGGCAAGGAUGACUUUCCUCUGCGUAAGACCGCUUCUGAGCCCAAUCUGAAGGUACGUUCACGGUUAAAACAGAAAGUGGCCGAGAGGAGAAGCAGUCCACUGCUCAGGCGGAAAGAUGGGACCGUGAUCAGCACCUUCAAAAAAAGAGCGAUCGAGAUCUCAGUGUCCUCGAUGUGCAGCAGCGCUCCUGGCUCGGGACCCAGUUCUCCAAACAGCUCUAACAGUGCCAUCGCUGAGAACGGUUCGAGUGGCUCUGUCCCAAACAUCCACGCUGAGCAGUUGCGUUCUCUGCAUCAGUCUUUGACCGGAGAUGGGACACCGAGCCCCCUGAGCCUCUACACCUCUCCAUCUCUGCCCAACAUCUCUCUGGGACUUCCUGCCAACGCACACAUCACAGCUCCUCAGAAACUCAGUGGCCAGCAGGAAGCGGAGCGGCAGACCAUCCAGAGCUUGCGUCAAGGUGGGGCAUUGAUCGGGAAGUUCAUCAGCACAUCGUCCCUGCCGGCGUGCCUUCCCGCGUGUGCGCCCCACGAUUCCGAAGCCCCUUCGGCCCCUAACAGCCACAGUAGCCAUUCCUCGCUGCUCCAGCAUGUUCUGCUUUUGGAGCAGGCUCGCCAACAGAGCGCGCUUCUCGCUGUUCCCAUGUACGGACAGUCUCCGCUGGUGACCGGCGAGCGGGUUUCCAACAGCAUGCGCACGGUUAAUAAGCUGCCUAGGCACCGGCCACUGAGCCGCACGCAGUCGGCGCCCCUACCGCAAACUCCGCAGGCCCUGCAACACCUCGUAAUGCAACAGCAACACCAGCACUUCCUAGAGAAACAGAAGCACUACCAGCUCAAUAAGAUCCUCUCCAAAGGGGCGGAGCUUCCACGACAGCCUCCCACUCACCCAGAAGAGACGGAGGAGGAGCUCACGGAAACUGCAGAGAUGCAGGAGGAGCGUGGGGAGGGGCUCGAUCACGUUAGGGAGGGGCUACAAAAAGAAAGCUCCGGUGAGACCACGCCCCCGUCGGAAAGACUGGUCCCUUUAAAGGGAGAAAGCACAGAAAGUGACUUAGAGGAAGAUGACGAUGAAGACGAUGCAAUUGAACUAAGGGAAUGCGAUGAAGAGGGCACCCCCUAUGGCCAGUAUUUGGACCAGCAUGUGCAGCAACUGAAUGUGUUCCAGGCAUCUCUGUCCAUCACAGGAAUGCCCCACAGACCCCUAGGAAGGGCACAGUCAUCCCCUGUCACUUCUAGUCUUAAAGGAGCGCCCAUUACUGAGCCGCCCGUCAAACAUCUCUUCACGACAGGGCUGGUAUAUGAUACAUUCAUGCUCAAGCAUCAGUGCAUGUGUGGGAACACACAUAUCCACCCCGAGCACGCUGGGCGCAUUCAGAGCGUUUGGUCCAGGCUACAGGAAACAGGCCUGCUGGGUCGCUGUGAGAGGAUCCGAGGAAGAAAGGCCACGCUAGAUGAAAUCCAAACAGUGCAUUCUGAGUACCACGCGCUUCUCUACGGCACCAGCCCCCUGAACAGACAAAAGCUGGACAGCAAGAAGCUUUUAGGUCCAAUAAGUCAGAAAAUGUAUGCGGUGCUGCCGUGCGGAGGCAUCGGGGUGGAUAGUGACACAGUGUGGAAUGAGAUGCACUCGUCUGGUGCCGUGCGAAUGGCUGUGGGCUGCGUCAUCGAGCUGGCGUUUAAAGUCGCUGCUGGAGAGCUGAAGAACGGUUUUGCAGCGGUCCGUCCUCCUGGUCACCAUGCAGAAGAAUCCACCGCCAUGGGUUUCUGUUUCUUUAACUCCGUGGCCAUCACUGCCAAACUCCUACAGCAGAAACUUGGAGUGGGCAAGAUCCUUAUCGUAGACUGGGAUAUUCACCAUGGAAACGGGACCCAGCAGGCUUUCUAUAAUGACCCUAAUGUGCUGUACAUUUCACUACAUCGCUAUGACGAUGGCAACUUUUUCCCAGGCAGCGGCGCUCCUGAGGAGGUGGGUGUGGGCCCAGGAGUUGGCUUUAAUGUCAACAUUGCCUGGACAGGCGGAGUGGAGCCACCUAUGGGUGAUGUGGAGUAUCUCACAGCAUUCAGGACUGUGGUGAUGCCUAUAGCCAACGAGUUCUCCCCCGAUGUGGUGCUGGUGUCUGCAGGCUUCGAUGCCGUGGAGGGCCACCAGUCGCCUCUGGGUGGAUACAACGUCACCGCCAAAUGUUUCGGCCAUCUAACUAAGCAGCUGAUGAAGCUGGCCGGCGGCCGCGUGGUUCUGGCGCUGGAGGGAGGUCACGACCUCACUGCCAUCUGUGACGCAUCCGAAUCCUGUGUGGCCGUGUUGCUAGGAGACGAGUUGGAUCCUUUACCACUAACAGUACUUCAACAGAAACCGUGUCCAAAAGCUACAGCCUCUUUAGAGAGAGUCAUUGAGAUCCAGAGUAAGCAUUGGACAUCUCUUCAGAGGUUGGCUCCUACAGUGGGUCAGUCUUUACUGGAGGCUCAGAGGAGAGAGAAGGAUGAGGCGGACACUUUGACCGCCAUGGCCUCUCUCACUGUGGACAACGAUCACAUCACCUCCACAGAAACCAGCAGCAGAUCAGCAGAAGAGCCAAUGGAGGAGGAGCCUGUGUUGUAGAAGCGUGAGUACAUCACUGCUCCGACCUUCUUAUCCACAUCUGCUUGGCACCGGUCACCUUGACGUCACGCCUCAUGUUCCUCCUCCCAGCUCUUUGAUUGGCUCCCUCGGUCCUUCACUCAUUUCCAGGUGCUUGACUGACACGUUCACAGUCCGCCCACUUUCGCUUUUCUGAGGUUAAAGCAUAGCCGGUUGCCGAAAGGGGACAACAAGGCAUGAUGGGUAAUUACAGGACCAUUCCAGUGAGGGUGGGGCAGCAUAAUCCCUCCCACUCGGAGGUAUCCACCUACUUGCGGCGUAAGCCCCUCCCACUCAGAGGUCUCCGGUCUGCAGCUAUACAGUACAUACUUGGAAUAGUGAAGAACCUUUCGAAGAGAGGCCUUUGAUGUACUGUAAAGAAGUACGUGCACAAAAGAAGAGACGGAAGGGAAGACUAAAUCGACAGCAUGGGGAUGUUGUCACUGGAGGACCGCAAAAAGCUUUGUUUUGUGUACAAAGGAUACGAAAUGUACAAAGUUCCAAAAAAAAGCCACCAAGCAGCAAAAAAUUUUCAGCACAAACCACACAUAUACACUCAACUUAUAAACAAACACUGUUCCCGACAGAGGAACCCAAUGUCGUGUUGAUACACCACCUUUUGAAGACAAGUAUACUAGUUUACACUGUACUGUGUCGAUUAUUUGGUAUACUUGAUCAUCUGUAUAAUAUCCUGUUAUGAAAAGCACACAAGAUAUGAGAAACAUAUAAGCAUAUAUAUGUAGUUUUGUGUGUACUGUAUACACAUUUAAACGUACAAAAAUGAUAGAAAUACUUUCUACCCCAACAUUUCUUAUCAGCUGUGGUUGUACAUAAAAGAGCCUACAGUCUUUAUCUAGAAUUGAAUGAUGAUGGUUAACCUUCUCCCCCAUUUUUUCCUCAGAAAAAACCAUACAGCUUUGCUAUGACACACUCGCACAUAAACAAUGGCAGCCCAUUCGUUUUACCACGAAAUGUGUAAAAUGCAAAGAACGGACUUUGAAAAUGUCUAUCUUGACUUUCACACGAGAAGGAUAGACAUAGUGGUAACAUUUUCACGAGACUUUCUUUUCCAAGAACUCGGUGCCUUUUAUACCAAGGAAAAUAUUGAAAACACCAAUACUAAACCAAUCACAAAUCCUCAGACUUAACUUUCAUUGAUUUGUUUGUUUUUUUAAAUUGCCUUAAUUUUUCCAAGAAAGCGAAGUUUAGCUAUGACUUUGAAGAGCACAACGAUACUUUAUUUUCCUCCUGCCCCGGUUGCUUUCCGUUUCUCAUUGUUUCUUAUCGUUUUCCUGCAUGGGAUGUACAUGUUGUUUUCUUGGUAAAAAGUCUGAUUUUUUUUUACUUUAAACGAAAGAAACGAAUGAUUGCUUUAUUUCUCAGUCCUGUGCCGUAGACUAGCACAUGACGUGAUUGUUUGGAAACACUGACAGUGUCAUGACCAACUUCUUAAUUGUUUCUUUAACAUUUAUUUUUACGUCACCUUCCUUACGUUGUUUGGCUCCCCUGCUCCACAACUCAUUUUCUUUCUUUCCAAGGCGAGAGAGUGUUGGAGGUGAUUUUGUUUUAUUGAAAACAUUUCCUUUUUUUGUACAAAAAUGUAAAAAACAAACAAAAAAGAGUUCUGUAUCAGUGUUCAUUUUGUCUUUGAGUUCUAGUAUUCUCUGAUCAAGAAUGUACAGUGUGGUACAGAUGCUACUAAUAUUACAGAUGUUCGGUUUUGUCACUGUGCAGUGCAUUUGGCAUUUUCCUUUUUUAAAGAUGGUUUCUUUUUUCUGGCAAUAAGAGUGACUAAGCUUUUUAACACUAAAAUAUACAGCGAAGCUAUGGGUUGCAUUUUUAUCAUCUUUUGAAAUGGCUUAAGACAUGGAUGUUAUUUCACACUAUAACCCUGACAUAAGAAUCGAUCGUUACAUUGUGUAGAAACGGGCCUUUUGGGGGCCAACACCUAAAAUAAUAUACUGCAUUUUUUAGACAGCAAAGAAAAUAAGUUAAGACUUUUAAAACCUCUCAAUGCGUCCAUGAAAGAGGCAUCGUGACUGAACUGGGUCUAAGCACUAUCUUGCACUAUUACCGUACUGCAGGUCCGAAUCCAACCACAUCUUUUAACUUCUCAGUCCCAGAUUUUGAGGCAUUCAACGCGAUGCGAGUUAUCUCAGCAAAUACAUCUGAAUUAAUUGUCAACUCUCUUGUGGACGUUUCGCUGUCAGCGUUUCUCUUUGUGUGUUUUCAUUGAUUGUUGAUGUUGAAACGUCAUAACCGACGCGCGUUUCUUGACUCCGCUCCUGUUUGAUUUAUUUAUUUGGAGUCAGAAAUGACCGCUGAAGGUGGCUUGCGUUGCUUUUGGAUCAAUGUGUGUCUCCUUGUAAAUUUCUAUAUAAACAAGCUAUUGUCUGUUCUCUUAGAUGGCCUCAUCGCCUCUGGGCAAUAAUUUCCUUUUUAUUUUAAUAUUACACAAAAGUGAUCAAAGAGCCGUCGCAUUUUCCGCAAGAGCCAUGUUGGAUAUGUCACCACCUGAUGAUUUUUAUCUACAUAUGAUCUUUUAUCAGUAUUUUAAUGAAUUUUCCUCUGACACUAUCACCACCUCCAUCUGUUCAUUUCAUCUUCAACGAUCUCUUGUUAGUUGUUAUCAUCAGUGUACCAAACUGUUUUCUUGCCUUCCUAGUUUGGGAGCACACUCGUCCCAAGGUCCUUCGCGGACAUCGAAAGGGAGUGCGCCCGUCUUUACGUGACAUAAAAUCAAACAGGGUUUAAAAGAUUGGCAUGUUGGACAGAAAGCAAACACUUUGAAAUCAGGCUAACACUAGCCUCUGUACUUGAUACUGUAAUAUACACUAAGAGACUUUUCCUCUUCUGUGUGGCUAUAUGGAAACAGGAGCUACUGUGAUCAGGUUUUGUAACGUUUGGAUGUAAAUCACCAAGCAUUCGUGCAGAGUUUUGUAUCUUCACCGUAUGUGGUGUCAAACAGUUUAUUGACCGUGCAGUUGGUGGUGAAAGCUUGUCUUUAUUUUCAACUAUAUUAUCAUUUUCUGGAUGAAUCAGCAGAUGCGUUGGUCCCAAAAAUGUCCAUUUUUGUGACCCAAACCUUCUCCUUGAGUGUGUUGGGACAUAGAGAGGGAAAGUAACCGAGCAGGCGGUAUGAUUCUUGGUUUUAUUCGACUUGGCAUCAGGGAGGCUGUUGAUUUUCGAUGGCUGUUACCCAACAGGGGAUAUUUACAGGGCCUUACGAUGGACACCGGGAAACCUCUGUAUGUGCAAAAGACAUUCGACAUUCACCAUUGAAGAAAGCUUUAUUGUCUCUGCCACAUAUUUUGCUAUUCAGUAAAUAUGUAUAUUUAUUGAUUCAUAUGUUGUGUAUAGUGGCUUUUGGUCGUCGAGGUUCAAAGAGUGCUUGUAUAUUUUUUGACUUUUUGAAAGAGAGGUCAUGUCUCUUCCACUGUCCUUUCAUUUCUUUGCCAUUCUUACAUCACUUGUGAUUGGGUGUUUCAAUUUGUGAGGUCUUUAAACCUGAAAUGUUUAAUAUCUUUCUUUCUUUCUCUCUCUUUCUUGUCUCUCUUCUGGUCAUAUUGAUAUGCAGAAGUUCUGAUAUUAUCAAAGCACAUUCCCUGAUUUCUUGUGUUCUUUCAAUGCUUUCAUGUUGCGACAAUACAGAGGUGUGUAUACUAACUAAUACACACGUGUAUAUAGGGUGCAUAUAUGUGUACACAUGUGCAAUACACGCUAUUUGAGCAAUCUAUUACUGUGACUAUUAAUCAUUAAACAUUGCUGUCCCUUUGAA